UUCAGGCGGUGACAGGAGCCGAGUUCUGCUGCUGGAGUCUGGUUUGUGUUCCGCCUAUUGACGAGUAGAAAUGUGUGUAUGUAUCUGUGUGUGUGUAUAUAUAGCGACUCAGAUAGGAAAAGGCUGAAACACGAGAGUCUCCACAGGAGCGUGGAUGCGCUGCCUCGCAUCGAUCACCGUUUCCAUAAAGGGACCGCGCACGUUUCCUCUUUUUUUUUUGCGGUUCUUUGUGUUUUUAAACGUGGCGCAUUUCUCGGGUUUUACAGCAAGAGGAAGAUGAGGACAAGUUGAAAAGAGAGGGGUUCAAGUUUCAUCCGGGUGUGUGGUUUUUUUUUUCUGAGGGAGGACUGGGAGGAAAAAACCGCUGGUUUGCGUCAGCGAGUCUGUGGAAAACAAAGCGGAGCUGCAGCCUCCACCAGACUCCAUGAUCGUUUCUACACAUUUUAACUUUAACCACGCCGCGCGCGCGCACACACGUGCAUGUGCACCGAUACGAGGUGUGUUUUGGGUUUAAUCGAAACGGCUGCAGUGUGUGUGUGUGUGUGUGUGUGAAGACUCGUUAACCCUGCCCCACGGAAACUACAACACGCGAGGAGGAGGAAGCGAGAGACAGAGAGGAAGAGGGUGUAGGAAGAGUGAGGGAGGACUGCAAGGAGCAACUCCUUAUUGUUCCACGUUUGUUUUUUUCUUAAAACACACACUCCCUCUCUCUUUGUCGCUCUCUCCCUCACACACAGACACACUCUCUCUCUCCCUCACACACACUCUCGGUGGGGUUCGGUUCUUUCGAGGUGCGACAAGAAAAAAGAAAGAUCGUCAAAUCUGGAUUUCUUUAUCCGCUUCCUUUCGUCCAGGAUGAGGUUUAAACGGAACGGAUCCUACACGUUGAAUAGGAAGUCGAAGGCGAAGCCAAAUGGAAAGAAGCCUCCGACAGAGGAGAAGAAGCAGUACUUGGAGCCAGAGUUCACGAAAAUCCGUGUGGUGGACUUUGACCUCAAGGAGCUGGUGGUGCUGCCCAGAGAGAUAGACCUCAACGAAUGGCUAGCUAGCAACACGACAACUUUCUUCAAUCUUAUCAACCUGCAGUACAGCACCAUCUCAGAGUUCUGCACUGGGGACACCUGUCAAGCCAUGACGGCCUGCAACACAAUAUACUACUGGUAUGACGAGAGGGGGAAGAAGACGAAGUGCACUGCUCCACAAUAUGUCGACUUCGUAAUGAGUCUUUGUCAGAAACUGGUCACAGACGAGGAAAUCUUUCCUACAAAAUAUGGCAAAGAGUUCCCCAACUCCUUUGAGUCCUUGGUGAAGAAGAUCUGCCGGUACUUGUACCACGUGCUGGCUCACCUCUACUGGGCGCACUUUAAAGAGACGGUGGCUCUGGACCUGCAGGGCCACUUGAACACUCUGUAUGCACAUUUCAUCGUUUUCGUAAGGGAAUUCAACCUGGUCGACCCCAAGGAGACCUGUAUCAUGGACGACCUGUCCGAAAUCCUCUGUGCGCCCGCCCCGCCGCCUGCGCCGGCCCCAGCCCCCUCCAGCCCAACCUCAACGCCCUCCCCUUCCUCACAAAACCACGUGACGGAGAGAUGAGCAGGGAGGGCGUGGCGGUGAGACGACAGCCCCGGGGUGAUAGAAGAUAGAGGAGACAAGGAAAGACAGUCUGGCCCCCUUCCUCGGUGCCAGCAGGACUUAAGAGACCUUCCACUACCCUUAUAUUUCGCUAUGACAUCAACCAACCAGCCGCAAGGAAGGGGGGAGGGUUUCCGGGGAGGGGGGAGUUUGAGGUGGCGGGGAGGGGUUUGUCACGCCAGCAGGAAUUGGCGUGAGCGUUCCUCCCAGGGGCAAACCCCUCCCAUCUUCUCUGCAAUUUAAACUAGGAACAAAAAAGUAUGUGUAUGUUUUAUUUUUUUGGUUUUUAUUUCAUUUUAAUUUUAUUUUUUUGUUUUAUCGAGUUUUAUUUUGUGUUGUGGGGGGAGGGUGGAGGGGGAGGUGCGUCUGUUGGCCCUUCACGUCCCUCUGUCCUCUGCCUGACAUACAGUACAGGAAGGGGGCUCUGCUUUGCUUUGACCUACUAUUGUACAGUGCUGAUGUGUGGAGAAGAGGCGUCUCUGCUCACCCGCGGGCCCGGCCGCUCCGCCGCUGCCGGCCCGCGGGCCCAUGGCCACUGCGCUGGCCGGUAGGGAGCCAUGUUACUGCCUGAUGGGGCGAUACUAGCCAAUCACUGUUUGGGUUGUUUGUGCCGGGGAUGAUUAAAGCGCUUCCUACUCAGGACCUGAGAGAAUACGUCACUGCUGCCAGAGAGAAGUUGCUCUCUUUCUCUUUUUUGUUGUUUUUUGUUUUCAUUCUCUGUCCCUCGUUCUCCAGACUCCUCUGUACGACAAAUCAUGUUUAACCACAGUCACAUAAUAGCACCUGGUGUACCCCCAAACAAACGUGUCCCUGAGCCUACCUGUAGAGGGCAGCAAACUCAUAGAGAAAACCACACAAACAGGGAAACGGAGAAGAAAAUCUUAAGAUUGUAUGAUAGAUUUCUAAUCUGAUCAGGGGGCGAAAGCUUUGUGAGACAGACUGGUGCCCGUCUGCAGCUGAGUCAGAGCCGUUUCCUGGCGUUUCGCUCAGCAGCCGCCGCUUUAAAAACGCCACCGCUACCACACACUGCAGCAGCACAGGAGGACAAAGACAUGAGGUAAUGUCUGCAGGCCCACAGAGGGGGAGAGGGGUGAGAGUGAUGGGGGUGGAGCUGCUCUGCUGUUUAACACACCAGUGCUCACGGUGUAAAACUUUAAAAAAUAAAAUCUUUUUUUUACCUGUCCCUUUAAAUUUGCUGUUAAGAUUAUCAGAGGAGAAUUAGGUCAGAAAUAAUAACAAUAAAGACGUCAUUACACAUGUAUAGAAAAAUGCACAGUCUGCUUGGACUUUACUGUACAAAGAAUCGCAAGCGGGUUCUGUCAGACAUAGCCUCUGUAUGGAGGAGGAUGGGUUUAUAAUUCUCCUUUUUUAUUUAUUUUAAUUCUUUUUUUGCAGGGUUCUUCAGUUCUGGCUCUCGUUUUUAUGUAUUUUAAUUAUUAACUAAGUUAAAAGCAAUUUAAUAUUUUAAGCUCUGCGGAUUAUAAUCUAAUAAAAGAGAGAAAUGCC